GGGAACACCUGGACGUGCUCACGUAACAGGCCUUGCCGCGAGCCCCCACUAACCUUACUUCAUCAAAUAGAGUUUCCAAUGCAAUUCGCGAAGACCUGAGCAUUAGUUAUGCUUAAAGCGUUUGAACGGAUUCCUCUUCAGUCGUCGCGGGGUGGCUCUGAAGGGGGUGAUUUCGUGUGCGUGGAAGCUUGGCAUGAUCCCAAUGAUGGGACACCUAGCUUCUCCAAGCGGCGCUUGGAAACAAUUGAACUGGAGGAUUGGGCAUGGCAACGAGGGCAGUUCACCCCAGAUCUUAGCUAUGUGAAUAGCACAAAUGAAGGAGCUAGAUUAAGAAUCCUGUUUGCACAGUCCAAAUCACCCUUUCGACCAAUAGUCCCGAGCGUUCUUGUAUCAGACAAGAUUCUUGAGGCACUACAACUGCCGCGAUGCUCUUUCGCGUCCUAUCAGCAACCUUCUGGCGUUUUUUCAUCCCACACUUAUCCUGAGGGUUGCUCUGUGGAACAGUGCUCUCGACUUAGCUUGGUUCUCAGAACACCUCAGAAAUGGGAAAUGUCCACUGGUGGACUGAUUGUCACUCAUGAUUUCGAGUCGGGGAUGACGACGGCGCUAAGCAUAGGGCUUGCAUUUGAGCUUGACAAAUGCGCAUCCGCUGAUGGCUCUCUACAACCAUCGCCAGCGCUCGGGGCCUUUUUUGAUCAGAUCGAAGAGUGUGAACAUCUCUGGGGUAGUCCACUCUUGUUGCCCAGCUUGUUCCUCGUUGCCCAUGUGCAACGUGUUAGGACUUACAUCAUGGAGGAUUUGAGCAGGCGCAUCGUGGCUAUCGAGCAAAUUGUUGGUGUAACCAACGCAGGCCAAUCACAGAGGCGAUAUUACGAACCUCGGACGCAUCCCGCUUAUCGUGACGAUCAAAAACUGUUUGUCGGUGAGCAUCUUCAGAGAGACCACGCCAAGAAACUGACUCAAACAAUCAACAAUCUCUCCACAUGGAUCAUUUUCACCAAACGGUCACCUUACUGGGACAUUGAGGCGGUCAAGUUUAUACGUGGAAUUCUAGAUGGCAGCGAGAGAUUGAGAAACUACCGAAAUAUUUCUGCCCAGGCUUUUCGGGAGACCUUGGACUAUGUACAGAAUUACAGUGAAGCUAGCCUCGAGGUUACACAAACGUCCGAGGAAAGAAUGAAGCUCCAGCUAAAUAUUCUUUAUACGGCUGUCGCGCAAGACGAUGGCCAGACGAGUGCUCGCUUGGCAGCUUCGGCUGGUAAGGAUAGUACGUCCAUGAAAAUCAUUGCCUUGAUAACUGCGGCGUAUUUGCCUGGAACGUUUGUUGCUACCUUGUUCAGUAUGGGGAUGUUUGACUGGCGAGGCAGUUCUAGCGACAGUGGGGAUGGUGCACCGAUGAGCUUUGUGUCUCCCAAUUUCUGGAUCUAUUGGACAGUCGCAAUACCGUUGACAAUACUCACUCUCAUAGGUUGGGCUACAUGGUGGAGGAUCGAGGAGCGACGAUUCGUUCGCGAUAUUCAGCAAGCUGUGCAAGACAAGCCAUCAUCACAAAGCGGGAAUGGUACAUUAGAAGUAGACUAACUAGUUGAUUUGAGAAGACACCGUUGGGGUCAUUUUUAUGUUGA